UUUCUUGCGGAACAAGUUUUCGUCAGGUGACCCAGUAAAUCUAGGAAAUUUCUGCUGUUUGCAGUUUAUCCAUUGGUGAAUGGGAUGGGUCCGCCUCUGUUGCCGAUUUUCUCAUUUGUUCAUGCUGUUUUUUGAAGCCAAGUGAACAGACACUAUGCCAGGAGGGAAGUCAGAGAGCAGCAGGUACUAUGAGAGUUCCCCGAAUGGAGGAAAGGAUCCACAGCGUGAUCGAGACCAUCCUAGGAAUAAGAGGAGAGAGGGGGACAGGACAGACCAAAGAGACAAUCAACAAUACAGGGAGGAGAGAGAGCCAAGACAUGACCGGAGGAAUAAAGACAGAGAUUACCCCGACAGACAGAGGGACACCCCACCUUACAUGGACUCAACCGAACGCCAAGAAACGUACACUCCUUCUGCUGUGCCCCCUGCAGAAAUGGACCAUUAUGAACCACAGUCCAGAGAAGCACUUUACAACCUAAAAUACCUUUUAACAUCAAGAGGGUUGUGCCAGGCAAUGGACCUCUUUAUAAACUUGCUGAUUGUCAUCUGCGCCGGAGUGUCGUACAAUGCAUCGGGGGGCUAUCGGGACCUGGCCAGCCUCGGGGGGCUUUACGCUUACUACUUUGGGGGUGCCAAUGCCUUCACGGGCACGGAGGCAGAGAGGGUGAAGGAGCUGGACACCUUGUUCUACCAGCUCAAGCUGCCUCCCUACAUCUUCAGCAUGGCGUGCGGCGGGGCGCUAAUGGGCUACAGCUGCGCCCUGCUCCUGCUGGGGGUCUUUCGCGUGCCCUACCGCUGGCCCGGCGUGCUGCUGGUGGAGGCGGUGCUGGACGGCCUGAUCGGCCUGGGCUACAUCCCCGCGCUGGCCUUCUACUUCAUCAAGCUCCAGGAGACCUACAACUCCGCCAUCUGCAAGGAGAGGGAGGAGCUGUACAAGAGCAAAGGGCACCAGGGCUUUGAGUGCAAGCUCCACGGGGCGGACAUCGCCGGGGGGCUUUUUGGGGUGCUGGGGGUCAUCGCUUUCUCCUUCAGCGCGGUGCUGGCCAUCCGGGCGUUCAGGGCAGUGCGAGAGAGGAAAAAGCGCAAGGCCCAACAGGACAUUUAAAAUGGGCUUCCUCCCCUAAUCCUUACAGCUGGUAGAACUACAUGGUUAAAAGAUUGAAACAUUUGCCACUAGAGGUGGGAUUUAGAACCAACGUCUGAUCUGAGGACAUCUAUAGGAACCUUUCAUAUCUAAUGGAAAGACUGUUGGAGGUAUGAGUCUGGCAGUUAAACUGCAGGCACUGUUUUUUUCACUGUUAUUUUAUUUCAAAAGUGUACUUUUAAAAAAUAAAUACAUACUUAUUAGUCAAAGGUUCACCUCCGAUUAACUUUUAAGCCAGAGGGUAUCAAUGGCUACCAUCACCCUCUAACUUCUACUUGUUUGUACGCUGUAAAGAUUUUUAAAUGUGAUCAUUUUAAAAUGUAAAAUUUUUUUCUCAUUUGUAUGAACAAAUUUAAG